AUUGUCUCAGUUUUUGGAAAGUAGUAUAAAUGGACUGAUGACUCAUUACCUCCAGCCGUGUACAGGUCGCUAUAGAGGUAUCUAGAAACACAUCUCUUGAGAUGAACAAGUGGUGCGUCUGCAUUGUAUGGAGUGUAUUUACACUAAACGUUGCAAAUUCUUCAACGGAUAUGUAUGAGUCUUCGACUUUCUUGAGUCCAGAUGCCGUCAAGUCCAGGAGAAAGAUUUUCAAACUGGGCACAUCAAAAAACACUGGUGCUAUGAUGAACCUGACAGAUAACAGAUCAGCCCUGAUGAUAUCAGCCCAAAGAGUUUGUGCUGAGUCUCCUCAGCACAUCCCAGAGGUUAAACCAACAAGCAAGUUUACCUCCCCCUCGCCUCUGCAAAUCCAGCGAACCGUUCAUCCCAAACGACCCGACCUGAGGAGUAAGGAGGGCUUUACUUCCUUGCCGGACGUGUCUGUCUCGUGCUCUACAUCAGAACUGGUUUUGCGUGUCAGGCGGUCAUUCUAUGGGUUUGGUGCUGACACAAAGGAACUGACAUUGGGAGUCACUUGCAAAAGCAACGGUGUUGUCAGACCACGUAACGACAUGCUAUUUACCUAUCAUUUGACAGACUGCGAUGGGAAAAGCGAGGAGGCUUCCGACUCUUUCAGCUACAAAUUCGUGCUUCACUAUGUCCCUUCGCCCAUCCGCUUCAGAGCGCGUAGUGUAAAUCUGAAUGUCGUUUGUCGGUUUCCAAGGUAUCAUCACGUUUAUCGACUUGCGGUGCGCCCUACCUGGAGUUCACACAUUAUGCAUAAAACACUCAAGUGGCGCUCUAUUGAUUUCCAAAUUCAGCUGAUGGAUGAUUCAUGGACCACACCAGCCCAGUAUCAAGUGUACCUGCUUGGGCAGACUGUGAACUUCCAGGUCACUGCUCUUCACCUACCCCAUGGAAGCCUAAAGCUCUUCAUUAGAAAUUGCUAUGCAACCACAACAAGUGGCACCUCUGCUACGUACAAUAUCAUUGACAACUUUGGGUGUAUGCAGGAGAGCCGGAGGAACCUGGGCAGGGCUCGCUUUGUGUCUCCCCGGACUGACGACUCCCUCCGCUUCUCCCUCAGCGCCUUCCAGUUCACCUCUGACCCCCACGUCCAGGUGGAGAGCCCUUACAGGGGAACACACCAUAUGCAAUUGCUGCAACACCACAUGUUCAAGAUUCAGAAGUGCCAUGCAUGAAGGCUCAGUAACCAGCAGCCCUUUGCAGAUCUCAGACCAGUCAUACCUCACCCUAACCCCAGCAGAGCAGUCAUACCUCACCCUAACCCCAGCAGAGCAGUCAUUUACCCCAGGAGACACCCAUCUGGCUGAGUGGAGGGGGUUGAAGAGUGGGGGACCAGAGUUGGGACAGCAGAAGGACCAUGAGGAGAGAGGUUCAGGUUUAAGUGAUGUCUUUGUACUAGAGGAAGAGGAGGAGGAGAAGCCCUUUCCAGGAUCAGGGGUGGGGGAGGAUAAGGAGAGGGGGGUUUCUCAGUUUAUAAAGGAAAGGGAUCAGUGGCGGUACGGAAAACACCACUAGAGUCUCACUGCGGGCAUGAAGAAGAGUGGAAGGCAGACGGAAGAGAUUGGUCCGUGAGCAGAGAAGAAGAAGAUGAGAUCUUGGGUGACCAUGGAGGACUUUCUGACUUAUGGCUGUAGUGGGUGGAAGAGACAGGGUCUGGCAAUUUAAGUGGCGGUAGAAUCAGUGUGUUUGUGAAACAUGAACCAACACUUUGCAUAGUCUUACCACUAACCAUCCCAUUUAAAAUAAAGUAUGGAAAUUUACUUUUGUAGUUUUUAUUUUGAAUGCAUCAGCCCCUCCUGUCCUCAGGUGUUUAUCUAGAAUCUCAUGUGAACAAGCCAGCUUGCUAUACGGAACAAAACAUGCUGCUGUUAUAGCAGGAAAAAUAUGAGAUACAAAUCUACCGUCUAAGUUUAAGAAUUUCCUUGUUGGUUAUUCAGAAGUAUGAAACAGGAUAUUCUCUUUCCUGAAGAAAUAUGACCAUAAAGCACACUACCUCUACCAGCACCAUCAAACAGGUUUCAGGGACCAAGGCCAAACAGGAAAGAGGGGAAGCGUUAUGAUUGAGUCACCAGGUGCUAGUCCGUCAUCCCUCACAUGGGUUACAUGGAAGAAAUUAAAUAAAUAUUAGACAAAUAUAAGAGUGUCUGUUCUUGCAUGGUGUCAACUUGUUU